AACAUGCAUCUUCUUCGAGAAACAGAGUGAAGCAUGUCACUUUCAAAUAGAGGAAGAAUUACAAUUUUAACUACCGCUUACACUAUAAAAACUAAUAUCAUUUCACAACUGAGAUAUGAAGUUCCACUUCAACAAAAGAAAGAGAACCCCUUCCACUUCCACAAAUUAUAUCCCUGGACCAGCAUCUUCAUAUAUCUGCUCCUCCACGACUCCGUCCCUUUUAGUCUUCUCUCUACCCAUCAUCCGAAAAGGGACAGCGACAAAGUCAGGGUGUUGUAAACCUCCAACUGCUUGUGAGUACAAUUAUGUGAACCCAAUACUUUGCAUAAGCCCUGUGAAUCCUAUGGCAGACCCAGACUGCUACAUAUGGAACAAUUACCAGAACCAGCUCUGCUACAAGCCUACAACUGCAAUGCAUGCAAGGCAGGUCUACUUGGGAACCUCAGAAAAGAGUGGAGGAAAGCCAAUGUCAUCUUGGUUGUGGCUGUUGUGGUCCUUAUCUGGGUCUAUCUCAUUGCCUGUAGUGCCUACAAAAAUGCUAAAACAGAAGACCUCUUCAGCCGCUACAAACGGGGUUGGGUUUGAUCCAUUUUCCUCCCAAAAAACUCAGAGGACCUUCCAAUUAGAGCAUAUUUGAAUUAGCUUAUCUUUCUUCAGAAUCAAUUAUGGAGC